GCGUAUGAGUGAUUCAGUGAUAUAAAUCCUCUAUGUACAAAAAUUAAUUUCCAUGAAAAUAAUAUGAUUUGAUUACAAUUCUUACUCUAUAAUUAAUUAUGUAAAGGACACGGGGAAUAAGAUUGAAAGAUGAACAGUAGAAUUUUAAAUACCUUUGCUAAUGCUAUAGACAAUAAGGAGGAACUUAAAAAAAGGGUAGAGACAGGAAAACUAGCCUUACAGGAAUUACAUUCAUGUGUUGAGAACUGUAAAAACCGAUUUGGUGGAAAGUCGGAACUUGCAACUGAGGAUGAUUUAAGAAUAGUGCAGCUGUGUGAAAGAUGGGAAAAAAUACUUAGUCAUGGUAUACGAACAAAUUUGUCAAAUUCUACAAUACAAAAUCUAGUUUCAGCUGGAUUAAAUUUUACUUUCAAUAUUAUUAAUGUUGGAAACUCUCUUUGGAGCUACAGCUGUCUUCAUUUGACAAAACAUGAAAAAGAGAGGUUUAAAAUUCUGGCAAAUAUCAACACCCCUUUAGGUUAUUUCAGAGCAUUUAUACGGGCAGCUUUAAAUGAGAGGUCAUUAGAGAGAUAUUUACAAAGUUGGAUCACUCAUGGACUUUUAUCGGAAUAUUAUGAAGAAGGUGCUAUAGUCAGAGCUACUGAAGCUAGUAUACUUCCUGAUAUGGCAGCAGGGUUAUCAACAGUUUUGUUUGCAUUAUCAAUAGACAGGGCAGAGUUAAAUGAAUCACAACAAGGGAAUCAAAUGACGAAAGCUGAACAUGUUAUUCCACUACCUACUCCCAUUAAAGCAUCUGGCAACGUGAAAAGGAAACCAUUGAGACAAGUUAUAUCAUUUGAUAAAGAACAAAGUAAUCAGAGAAUUUCAAAGAAAUAUCCCAUACUUCACGCUUCUAAUACAUUGUGGAACAGUGCACCACCCAGUUGUCUCAAUUCUCCAGAUCCUGUAAUUGUUCCACAAACAACCUCCAUUAGUGAACCAACAACCUCAGAAUGUAAAAGUGGAAAACGUCAUUUCUUUCCUGACAGUGUUAAAGGAAUUGAUAGCCCCUCACAAAUUCUCACGAAGUUGUCCGAGUGUGCUAAAGAAAUAUUCUCGUCCUCUAGUAGCAUAGACAAAAAUAAUUUAUCCAAAGAAGACAAUGUUUCUGAAUUAAGUGUUAAUUGUUUAAGAAUUUCUGAAAGUGAUAGUGAAGAAAUUGCUGGCAGUAUUGAUGGUAGCACUUCCUGUUUGGAACUAUGUUUCACAGAAGAUGAAGGGGUUUUAGAUGAAAAGAGAGUUGUAUCUGUUUUGGAGUGCAGAGAAAAAGAGUUCAUUAACUUGCAAUCAAAAUUCAAUCAAUUUGAAAUAAGUAGCAAAGAUAAGAUACAGAAAUUGGAAAAAGUAGUUUUAGACCUUAGCAAAGAAAACGAAAGAUUAAAGAAUCAAUUGCGGAGAUAUAUGUCAGCUGUGGAAAUUGGAAAAAAUUUAAAAAAUGGCGAUGAACACGAAGAAGAAAUUAGCUCAUAUGAAAGAAAACUUGUUCAGGUCGCGGAAAUGCAUGCGGAGCUCAUGGAAUUCAAUCAAUAUCUACAAAGACGACUUCAAGACUUAGAAAGUGGUUCAGCCCUUGAGAUUUUAGAUUAUCCCGAGUCGAAUGUGAAAGUUUACAUGCCAAGUGCGUUUUUGGUUGGAAAGAAAACACAUUCAUAUCACGUCUAUCAGAUAUUCCUGAAGGUGGGCCAGGAAGAAUGGAACGUUUAUCAUAGGUAUGCAAAGUUCCAUGAACUACAUACUCAACUAAAAAAAUGUCACCCUGACAUAGCAAAUUAUAAGUUCCCACCAAAGAAAACACUAAGGAAACGGGACGCACACUUAGUGGAGCAGCGUAGAGUUGCUCUACAAGCCUACCUUCGCUACAUACUUUUGGUGUUGCCCGAGUUGCGUGAAUGCACGAGUCGCGCGCAACUUAUUACAUUGCUACCGUUCUUUGGAACUUCAUCAACGGUGAAAGAAAAUGGCUUAGAUAAUAUACUAGAUCGUCCAUCGAGCGACUCAAUAUCUACUUAUGAUGGACUGUGAUGAAUCUUUCAUUAAAGAAGAUAAAUGAACUUCUGCAAUCAUGAAAUAUUUUCUUUCUUAUUGAAAGAUUUGAUAAAAUUAAUACGUGAAUGUUAUAUAUUAAACUAUAAUUUAGCACCAUGCAAUAUUAUAAAAAUAUUAAUAAGACGCCAUGUAGAAACACUUGGUACAAGAAGAAAGAGCUUUAUCUCUUACACAUACGGGUUGUCGUAGUCUUAUAAUAUUUCUUACCUAAAGAAUUUAAAAGUUUUUAUUAGUAGAUUUUUCAUUGAAAAUUUAAAACAAAUAUUUAAUUUGCAUUGUAUAUUUAUUAUGCGUAGGAGCUAUUUCAUGCGGCAUUAGAAGAACCUUCGUGAUUUCUCAAUUUUUUCUGUAAUUUACGCUUAAGAAACGUAUAUACAACAUGUAACAAAAACCCUGUGGUUCCCGUUAAGUACGUUAUCAGGAUCAGUAUUCAAACCAAUAGAAAUAACUUUUUUUUAAAAAACUCGACUAUAUUUGUUUUAUUAAAAAAAAUUAUGUGGUUUUAUUACCUCUUACUGACACUAGCCGAUGCUAAAGCUAAGUAAAGCGGGGUCUUUGACAAUCCUCUUACUCCCCAGACAAUGCAGAGGUAAUAAAAUCACACAAUUUGCAUACAAUUAUUUUUUUAAAUAAAAUAAAAAAAAAUAUUGUUCGAGUUUUAAAAAAAGUUAUUUCUAUACGUUUGAAUAAUAAUCCUGAUAACGUACUUAACGGGAACCACAGGGUUUUCGUUACAUAUUGUAUAUAUAUAUUUGACUUUUUAACUAAAACAUUCCCUAAUAUGCCUAAUUGCCAAUUCAGAAUGUUGUGUUAGUCUCUAUUUUAAUAUAUGGUGGCGAAAGUUGACGUUUUCAGAAGAAGCAUAAGAGUGAAAUUAAUGAUGUAGAAAUGAGGUAAAAAAGUAUGUUAGAGGGAGUGACAGAAUGAAAGAAUGAGACAAGUAGAAAGAAUUAAUGAGGAAAGAGAGACAAAUCAGGUUUGUGCUACAGAAGUAUGUGACAGAGUCGGCAAAGGUCACCCUAGAUGGAGUUUUAUCGUCCAAAUGUUUGAUAUAUAUAUAUAAUAACAAGCAAAAUCAAAAGUAUCCUUAAACGACGAGCAUGUAUGCAUAGAUGAUGGGAAAAAAGCGAGGGGUGUAUCAAGGUUGUGGCAAAUGGAUACCCGUAGUCCGUAGUCUAUGGGUGACAGAUGUGAGAGUAGUUUAUGUAUGUAAAUAAGUAAAUGCUAAGGUUCAUCCUCAAUCCAGAGUGAAAACUAUUUGUCACGCCGCUUCCGUUGAAAGAGAUAAUUAUUUUUCAUAAUAUAAUUAUAUUUUUAUAUUCGAACGCUUUAACCCUUUCAGACCCACGGCGAAACUAAACGAAUUAGUGUUAAAAAAUAGAUAUUCUUUAUCGUUGGGGAUCAGAGAAUACAAAAACUGAAGACUUUCAGUUAUACAAUGUGUUUUCAGGACUUUUCAGGGGGGGCGUACAAUUGUAUAUACUUGGGCCCUACUCAUUCCACGUCACAAUUGUGUCGAUGUGGGCCCAACUCAUUCCAAGUCACAAUUGUGACGGUCACAAUUGUUUUGAUGUGGGCCAUAUUUCUAGCCACUAAUAAUUGUAAUUAUAUUAAUUUAUUGCAUUUUUUCAAAUAAUUCUUAUAAAUUAAGGUGAAUAAAAAGAUGUGAUGUGUUUAUUAUGUCAUUUAUUUUAUAUUGGCUUAAUAGUUUAAUCUUUCUCUAACUUAAAACCAAGUUUAACAUAGAAUUAAAGAAAUAUUAUUAUUUUAGUUCAACAAACUUUUGCUUAGCAUUAACAAUAAACUUUAUAAUCAAAUAAACGAAAAUAUUUUCUUAACCUUAGCAUAAUAGGAACAACAUUUUUUUGUUAAAAUUAAAAGAAAAACAUACAGUAUCAUAACAUUAUUCAGACUUUUCGUUUAACAAGCGUUGUGGAACUUAAAAAAACAAUUUUUAUCUUUAGUUAUACAUAAAUAUACGUCGCAUUUCGAACAUCUUGCUCGGGUUCUACUGGUGCAAUCAGGCAACUUGCAUUUGCGAGGAGCUUUCAACGUAUCGAACAUUGGCCAAUGAUUGUAGCCAUCAUAUCUUUUCUCAGGUGUCGGCAGUAUUGCAGGUUUGUACUCAGAACUAGUCGGUAUCGGGGCUAAUUCUAAGUCAUCGCGAGUCCUUGUUCUAGUCGGUCCACCUAAUAAAUACCCUGCAAUGGAUAUACGAAAUGCCAGCAAGUCCAUGACAUCAUUUUUACGCAUAUGGGCUUUUCGUGCGUCUUCUCGGUACUCAAACCAGGAGUUUACGAUAGCGAGAUCAAAGAGAUGAAUUAUGACCUUUACAGUCCACUUCUUGGUUUUGAACCACGUCCUAUAGUUUUGAAUGAUCUGGUCGCACAAGUCUAUGCCUCCCAUGUUGUUGUUGUAAUUGGCGACGAUGGAAGGACAAGGAAUGUUCUUGUAAGUACGUGUUUGUUUGUCCCAUCGACUUACAGUAGUAAUCGUUGAAGCCAGCAAAACACUUUUGUUAUCUUUCCACUUAACCGUGCAAAGUUUUCCAUUUGGAUUACAAACUUCUUCGCAAUCUCCUCGUUUCAUCGCUUGAUCCUUCUUGAAUGUAUACCAGGUUUUUUUGAAUCGGUUUGCCAUUAUCGUACCCGUUCCAUCGAAAUUGCGAUUAAUUAGUUCUUCCAGUAAACCAAUCGUUGUAAAAUAACGAUCAGAAUAUAAACUUCCACCAGGUAAUGUUGUUGUCAAUCGCAAAACAACCGCAGGACCUAAGCCAAAUGACCUAUCAGGUAAGUCGGUGGUUGGGCCUUGAUAUAUCUCAAAGUCCAGGGUCAAUCCUUGUGCAGUCGUAACUAGGAAAUUUUUCAAUCCAACUGGCCUAGGCUUGUUUGCUACACACUGUCUCUGUGCGCACCGACCUGUGAAUGGUAUCAUCUGUUCAUCGACAGAAUAAGUUGGACUCUCGCGUGGCAAUGCAUGGCAGCGUUUUCUAACUGCAUCUAUGACUGCUUGCACUUUCCACAAUUUAUUAGCAAAGCGUCCAUUUUCGUCAACUCUGUUAGGAUCAACUACAUGUAAAUUGACCCGUAACAUAAAAAAGCGCUCACGUGACAUAGCAUUAGCUAUUGGAUCGUAUCGAAAUUUUUGAUGCCAAUACAUUUUCAUUCGAGGGCAUUUAAUGCAACUCAUCAUCCCGUGAACUCCAAAGAAUUUUUUUAUUUCAUUAGGUAUACAUUGCGGCCUCAUUUGCUGUCCUUUUUUUCGCAAACUUUUCAAACAGUUCGGCAUUAAAAUAAUUUUCGAAGUACUCCGCAGGUGAUUUGGGCGGUUCAUUACUUGAACUUUCUUGAGCUUGACUAGUAGUCUUCCCUCGAAAUCUUUUUUUCGUCCAUUUGCCAUCACUUUGAUUGGUAGCCGCCCUCAAAGAUGAGAGUGGGACAUCAUCCUCGGAGGAUUUAUUAUCUUCAUCAUUUUGCGCAUAUAAGUUAUCAUCAUCUUCAUCAUUUUGCGCAUAUAAGUCAUCAACAUCUUCCAAGUCAGACUGUUCCAGUAACUCCCCAAUUGCGUUGUCAUCGAGGCUAAAUAGCGAUUCCGCCAUGGUAAUGUACUAUGUAGUCGGGCCCGGAGCAUAACGUGAGAAAUACAUAAUUGUAUGGUAAUUUUGAUUACUCACGCGCAGCAACACCCCAAACAACACCAACGGCGAAAUGAAUGAGUUUAAAUUUGAACUUCGCGACGCUUGCUAGCUGUCUCACUCAUACCUAUAGACAGAGCAUAUCCGUCACGAACGUGCGGCCGUAGGCCCGUUCAUAUAAUGCCUAAAAUACCGCCAAAAAACAAAACACAAUCGUGUUGGCCUGGGCUGAAAGGGUUAUAGAAAUUUACUUCUAGUCGCUAGAAAGGCUCCUUACACAUUUUCAACUAUACGUUUUUCCUAUAACCUAAAAAUAUGUUGAUAGUGUCUUCGAAUAUAAUAACAUAUUGUAUAUAUUAUUCUAAUUACAAAAAUAUUUUUUAUAACUGUAAAUAAUUAAUAAAUGUAGCGUUUAUAGCGUUUAGUUUUAAUUGUGUAUUUACGUUUCAAUGUAUUAUUGAUGUUAUAUUUUUUAAGUAUGAUAAAAGUUUGCAUACAAUAUUAUAAAUGU